GUCUCCUGGCCCCCCGGGGGAUGGUGGUGGGCUCGCCGGGGGACCGGGUGGCCCACCACACGGGCGAGUUCGCCGCCCCCCGAGUGGUCCUGCGGCGGGGGCAGCCCUUCCGGCUCCGCCUCCUCCUGCCCCGCCCCUACGACCCCGAGGACGACGCCCUCUGCGUGGAGAUCACCCUCGGCCCCAACCCCCAGGUGGCCAAGGGCACCCACGUCCUCAUCCCAUUGGGCGAGAGCUCGGCCACCGGCUGGAAGGCGGAGCUGGAGGAGGAGGAAGGGGCGGAGCUUCCCGGCGGCCCCGCCCUCCUCCUGCGCGUCACCGCCCCGCCCGACGCUCCCAUUGGCCGCUACCGCCUCAGCCUCAAGACCCGCACCCGGGCGGGGGAAUACGCCGCCCCCUUCGACGACGCCAACGACUUCUUCCUCCUCUUCAACCCAUGGUGCCCCGGUGAGGGGGACCCCGUCAUGGUGUCCCGCGUGGUGUCCGCCAUGGUGAACUCGCUGGACGACCAGGGGGUGCUGGUGGGGAACUGGACGGGGGACUACGCCCAGGGCACCAACCCCUCGGCCUGGGCGGGCUCCGUCGACAUCCUGAGGGCCUUCCACCGCACCGGCCCCGUGCGCUACGGCCAGUGCUGGGUCUUCGCCGGCGUCGUCACCACUGUGCUGAGGUGCCUGGGCCUCCCCACCCGCACCGUCACCAACUACAACUCGGCCCACGACACCGACGUCUCCCUCACCACCGACAUCUACUUCGACGAGAACAUGAAGCCCCUCGAGCGCCUCAACACCGACUCCGUCUGGAACUUCCACGUGUGGAACGACUGCUGGAUGAAACGCCCCGACCUCCCCGACGGCUACGACGGGUGGCAAGUGGUGGACGCCACCCCCCAGGAGACCAGCAGCGGCCUCUUCUGCUGCGGGCCCUGCUCGGUGACGGCGGUGAAGAACGGGGAGGUCUUCCUCAAGUACGACACCCCCUUCGUCUUCGCCGAGGUGAACAGCGACAAGGUGUACUGGCAGCGGCAGCCGGGGGGGGGCUUCGCCGGCUCGGAGGAGGAACGCAAGGCCGUCUCCACCGCCACCUCCCACGGCUCCCGCCCCCGCAACCGGGGGGUCCCCUCGUCGGGGGAGGUGUCGGUGACGGUGGGGGCGGGGCCGGCGGUGGCGGGGGCGGAGCUGGAGCUGAGGGCGGUGCUACGCAACCAAGGGGUGGAGCCUCGCACCCUCCGCCUCCGAUUGGCCCUCGGCGCCGUCCGUUACACCGGGGUGGCCGGGCCACCCUUCCGGCAGGAGCAGCACCGACGAGCCGUACCCCCCGGCCAA